AAGACCCGCCUCUAAAGAGAAGUAAGAAACUACGACUCCCAGGGAUUAUUGCUGCAACUAAGCUACUGACCUAUACGCGAGAAAGAGAGAUUCAAACGAAAAUAUUACUGGAAUUACAAAAAAAAGAGGAGCUUGCAUCGAGGACUACAUAAUGAGCUCAACAGAGGAUCGACAACACGGGAUAAAAAGACCUGCGUCACCGAACGAACUGGGGUCCAGUAGCUGGGAGGCUGCAGAUUUAGGUGAUAAUGAACGGAAGCAGAAGUUUUUGAGGCUCAUGGGAGCAGGAAAGAAAGAGCACACUGGACGUAUUGUUAUAGGAGACCACAAGUCAACGUCUCAUUUCAGGACAGGGGAAGAGAAUAAGAGGAUGAAUAACGAACUUGAGGACUUGUAUCAGCAAGGCUUGGACAGCAAAUUGUCUGGAAGAGAUAGGCGACAUUGUGGCUUGGGCUUCAGUGAGCCCGACUCGCCUGAACAGAUUCCAAGCACGGCUGAAGCAGACCCAGAAAAACAGGAUAGUCCAAAGGACUCUAAAAAUAAACCAGAAUCAAAGGAAGAGGCUUCUUCAAAACAAGAAGAGCCCAGUCAACAACAGCAUCAAGCAGAGUGUCCAGACGGCCAACACAAGGACAAGAAGAGCGACUUUAAAAUGGCAUUUGUGAAGUCUUUGUAACAGAUAAUGGAAAUGCAUGCCUUUGUUUUUAAUUUGUUAUACUACUUUAUACUGUAUAUAUGGUAUGUACAGCCAUUUAAUUUUCAUUUCCAUUGUUAGAAAUUCAGUUUCAUUUAUAAGGUGCCCCGGUACCAAAAUGUUAAGUAUUUCCUUCAGUCACUUUAUAAGAGGGUGAGUCCUGUGCCUUGGCCUAUGCUGGAGUGGAUAUUAAAUGCUUUUUAACUGCUUUUGGAAACAAGCAAACAUUUUUGUAAAAGUUUAGUGCGCAUGAUACUCAUUACACUUUACAGAACCAAAUGGAAUUAGAGCCUGGCCCUUUUUAACAAAGUCCUGGGUUAAGAAUAACAGUAUAUGUAUAUGAAUUACCAGCCAAAUACCAAUAAAUGGAAAUACAUAAAGUGUC